UGUUGUGAUGUGCGAGAAGGUCACACACUUGUGAAACGCACUGUUUCCCCAAAAAUCUCAACAUUUGCACGUGCAGAGAGAAUUGAACAAAACAGUGAGGGAAAUGGAGAAGAAAUUACGUACCUUUGACAAAAUUCCCAUCUUUAUCGUCGAGGAUCACAAUGAUGUUCUGCAGUUCAUCUACCGCUGCUUCGGAUCACGUCAUUUGCCCUUCGAGGGAAAUACAUUGAUUCACUUUGAUGCCCAUCCUGAUCUCACGGUGCCCAUGAAGUUGCCAUCUGAGACCGUUUAUGACCGUGAAACUCUUUUGUCGUCACUCAGCAUCGAGAAUUGGAUAAUUCCAACGUGCUUUGCCGGUCACGUGAGCCGAAUUUUUUGGGUGCGUCAGGAAUGGGCAUCACAAAUCCCACCUGGACGGCAUGAUUUUGUCGUGGGAGAGAAUCCAUCGGGGAAAAUUCGUGUAAACAGUGAGUUGGAGUAUUUCAUUUCAGAGGGAAGUUUUACACCCACAGAACGACUCAAGUGCCAAAAAAAUGUUGAAUUUCACGUGGGAACAACUGAAGAUAUUCUCUUAAGUGAUACCAAGCCAAAUACCUUCAUUCUGGACAUUGAUCUGGAUUAUUUUAGUACUCACAAUCCCUUCUUGAAGCUCCAUGAGGAAGUUAAUUUGUAUGGGAAACUCAGUGAAAUUUAUUCGUACAAACUGAAUAGGAAUGAUAUUUUGGGAACUGUUGAAUUCCGGAUAGAGCAAUUGGAAUAUCUUGAGAGGAUUUUCACACAUCUUCAGGAGACAUCAGGAAACAUUGAGAGUUUUGAGGAAAAAGAUCAUCGGUUAUUUGAAAAAAUUUACAAUCUUCAUGGAGAUAUUGUGGAAAAUUGUACAAGUUCUGUCGAUUGGGAAAUUAUACAUUCAGCCGGAUGUACAUUGGAUUCCACCCAAUUGCCCCAUCAUGAAGCCACUGAAGAAGAAUUGCGAGACUCUCUGGCGUCUUUCAAGGAUUUCCUCGAAAAAUUCCCCAAACCCACCAUCAUCACCAUUAGUCGGUCAUCUGACGACGAUUACUGUCCGUCCCAUCAAGUUGACACCAUCCAGAAUAAUGUCCUGGACAUCCUUAGAGACAUCUACGGUGAUUCCCUCACAGACCAUCCGCAAUUCUUCUACAAAGAUUGA